GAACAUUUUAAACAAGAAAAAUGCGUUUGGUAAUUCAAGAGAAUUCCGACCUAGUAACCGAUUGGGCCGCUCGUUAUGUCCUGAAACGGGUGAAAGAUUUUAAUCCAGGGCCUGACAAUUUUUUCGUCCUUGGUCUGCCAACUGGAAGUACUCCUCUCGGCAUGUACCGCAAGCUGAUCGAGUUCCACAAGCAAGGUCGUAUCUCGUUCCGGUACGUCAAGACUUUCAACAUGGAUGAAUACGUGAACCUUCCACGUGAACACCCAGAAUCCUACCACUACUUCAUGUGGAAUAAUUUCUUCAAACAUAUUGAUAUUCUACCGGAGAAUGUUCACAUUCUGGACGGGAACGCAGCUGACCUGCAGACCGAAUGCCUUGCAUAUGAAGAGAAAAUUAAAGAAGCUGGUGGAGUCCAUCUGUUCGUCGGAGGAAUCGGCCCUGAUGGACACAUAGCUUUCAAUGAACCGGGUUCUUCGCUCGUAUCCAGGACCCGCCUGAAGACUUUAGCACAAGAUACGAUCAUCGCCAAUGCUAGAUUUUUCAACAACGAUCUGUCUAAAGUUCCCAAACAAGCUCUGACGGUUGGUGUAGGCACCGUCAUGGACGCCAAUGAGGUGAUGGUGCUCAUUACGGGUGCCCAUAAGGCUCUGGCCUUAUACAAGGCUGUCGAAGAAGGAGUCAACCACAUGUGGACCGUUUCGGCUAUCCAGCAGCAUCCCCGUGCCCUCCUCAUUUGCGACGAGGACGCCACGUUGGAGCUGAAAGUCAAGACUGUGAAAUAUUUCAAGGAUCUGUGGGAAGUUCAUAAUGAGCUAGUGGAAGAUAUCCAGCAGCAAUCUUGAUCUUCUUCCUUCUUUAGGGUAAAAGAACAAAACAAAAACAAGAAUUUGUGGGACGUGCACAGCAAACUGGUCGACCCUUUAGAUGACAUCAAGUCUCAAGAUGGAGCCGACGUUUAAGAUGGAGGAA